AUGUUCUCCGGCGAAGGGACUCCCUCGUUUGAAAGCUGGAUUAAGCAAGUAGAGGGCAAGUUCGAGGAGGACAACGAUACUUUCGCCUCUGAGAAGACGCGGAUCAACUUCGUGAUUACGCGUCUCGAGGGCACCGCGUAUAAGACCGGAGAAGGACGCCACCACUCGCUGACUCGGCCUUUCACAACAUUGGCCGAACUAAUCCAGGUCCUCCAGACAGCGCACACAAACCCAAACAAAGGCGCCGACGCCCGCGCCCAGCUGCGUGUCUGCAAAUACGAUUGGAAGAAGGACUUCAAUAUUUUCUUGGGGGAAUUCAACUCCAUGUACGAGGCGGCGGGGUACCAACCUUCAAUGCAGAAACAGACCCUGUGGGACUCUCUUCCUGCGCCGGUCAACCAAGCGGUGGUCGAGAGGGUCUACGAUACGAAAGUGCGCUACGAGGACUUCUGUGAGUCAGCACAGCACCAGGUGUUCGUGGCCCGCCACAACUUUUCCGAAGCGCAAAAGAAGCGCAACCACUCUAGUAGUAGUGGUAGCCGAGGGGUUCGGAACAAUGGCGGCAACCGUAACAAUGCCCGGGUCGCCACCGGGAACAAACUGACAAAACGAGUAGGCCAGGACAAAGUCUCGUUCCUGGCCGACUUGGUGUCUGUGAUUGGAGCGGCGGAUUUGGACAGACUCAUAGGGGGCAAACAGCUGACAAUCUCAUCUCACCUUAAAUUGAACAACAUGUCUAUUCUCAUUCGUGCCUUGCAGACACCGGAGCGAGUAUGUAUCUCGCCAUUAACCAUAGGUUAG